GUUGUCGUGACCGAAUUUUGGCGCCUGCGCCUGUUGUGCACCCACCGCGUUUACACUGCUUGCCACUUUCUCUUGUCCCUUGCUGUCGUCCUCGCCACUGUUUCUUUUUCUCAAUCUCAUCUUUAUCUCUAAUUAUCUUAAUUCCCCUCGAUGCCUCAUGGCGUGGCGGGCUCCAGCUCGUCGAAAUUCAAGAAAUCCAAGUCUCGGGCGAAGCAUGACGGCAUGUGGAAGGUGGUGACAAUGAUGAACAUGCGGGACCUCUCGCGCGACGACGACUUCCUCAGCCAUUUACUUGUAGAGAAAUUGGGUACUGGGAUGGUCCCCCUUGUAGUGCACAAAAUGGACCCUACACGAAGGCUUCCCAAGACGGACGCAGAUCAACUGUUGCAGAUCGUUCGACGCCUCAUUGCUUUUAGAGGUCCUCCAAAAGCUGCACUCAAUCGUGCCGUGGAAGAGCUUUUGAGCCUGUCCGCUGUACGGUAUUAUCUCAGCCAGUAUCGAGAAAUGAGACAGGUCAACGCCUUCGCCACUCACGCCUCGCGUUAUUUUGAGCUUUAUUUGCCUUCUGGUUCCAUUGAGAUUGCUCACACGUCACGUUAUUCACAUCGUACGGGGAAGUCUGAACUUUGUAUACUGGCAACGCGCCCCCUGGCGAAGGAUCAAGUCAUAACCGAACUCAAAGGUUCCAUGGCAGAUUUGUCGCCUGAAGAAGAUCAAGAGUUGAAACAGACAAAUGAGACGCAUGCUGACGGCGUCAGCGUCCGUCGCGACUUCAGCGUCAUUCACUCUAAACAACUCAAGAAGAAUCAUCUUUUCUUGGGGCCCGCGCGUUUUGUGAAUCAUGAUUGCAAUCACAAUGUUGAACUCUUUCGCACUGGCCGGUACAUCACAUUUCGUGUACGGAGGCCGAUCGCUGUCGGAGAGGAGGUCACCGCUAACUAUGGCGAUGGAUAUUUUGGGCGCAAUAAUCGACACUGUCUCUGUGCAAGCUGUGAGGCGCAAGGAAAAGGCGGUUAUCGUCCACAGACGUCAUCGGACGAAGAAGACUUGACGGACUCAGGACCUGAGGUCGACGAAAGAGGAAGUAUUUCUGGAAGAUCGUCCUCGAGUAGUGAUGACAGCGAUAUGGACGAUGGCGAAUCCGUCAAUGUGAACGAACGCCGUACACGCCGGGGUGUUUACGCAGUUUUGCCCGAAGAACAACCGGACUCACCCAUGGUCCUGGAUGCGGAUGCAGAAGUUGAUGAGGAGCCUGAGAGAACCCCAGGUUCGACUUCUCAGGAUGCCAGCUCUCCAAGACGGUCUACUCGCAUCAGGAAGGAAACUGGACUACUAACGCCUAGUUCGGAACCGUCUUCGCGAGGAAGGACAAGGGGUCGCUCAGUGACCAAUGAGUCGUUAACUUCGUCCCCUAAGAGGAAAACAACCGUUAGCGAGAGUCCCGCUCCCUUUCGGUCUGUAAUUUCGACCCGAGCUCAGAAGGCUAGGGAGGCAUCUGUCGAAGCAUCCGUCAGUACCAGUCGAACCCGAGGGAAGAAAUCUGGCAGUACUGCGCCUGCCCGCCCUGUUUCUACGAAUAGACAAUUGGUCACGCCACCUCUCACUGCAAAUAACAGCUCUAGCUCUGCUCCGAACAGUGUUCGAUCUUCAUCUAGGCUAAGGACUCGACGCGAUGCCUCCGUUGUCGAGCGAGAGACAAGAUCAUCGCAAUCUAUUUCUUCUAAAGAUAAAGGCAAAGGCAAGGCGGCUGCAUCUUCAGUCUCGGAUACUCUGGAUCUGGUCAAAGAUGAGCCCGAAACACGUAGCCUUCGACCUCGUGCUCCUGUCGUGACUACUGUGGCAGAGGGCGAGCUGGCGAAGAAAAUGAAAGAGGGUCCCAGAGGCUUGGACGGAAAGCCUUUGCCGACCUGCAUCACUUGUCGAAAUGUGCUCCCAGUCAUUUCAGUUGAUUCACAGGUCGUUUGGGGCUUGUCCGUUGGUCGUACCGGUAAGCGAGGCAGACCGCGGAAGAAUAUUGAAGUGGAUUGUCCUCGUUGUAUCCGUCACUUUGCUAUUUACAAUGUCAAGUGGCCCGAGCGUAAACCAGUUGACGGAACUACGGCCUUCGAUCCACCACCUGCCCAUCGAAGUGGUACUUUCACGCCGAUUGAAUUGGCAGUGCCCAACAAGUUGACCAACAGUGCCUUGGCUGCUCUCGAGCGUAGUAUGGUGCCGUCCAUAUCUGAGUCAAUUUCUGCAGGCGGUGCUUUGAAACGUCCUCGUGAAGCUGAGCCCGAGACGCGCCCGGCGAAGAAGCAAAAGCAACCUACAGGUCGACCUCGCGGCCGUCCCCCGAAGAAUAAAGUUGGCAUGUCAGCGAAGGCGAAAGCUAUCCUAGGAACUGUGGCCCCCGCAAACGAUGAGCGACGAAGUGGAAGAGCCAGGAUACCUAGCAUGAAGAUUCGCGAGAGCGAGCCGCCAGUGUCACCCGUUUCUCCUGUGUUGAAAUCUCCGGUACUGAGAUUACGCAUUUCUCCACGCAAAAACCCACCUACGCCAACUACUUCACCCCUCUCCGCGCCACCAAGUAGUGACAGGAUGCCUGUAGAUGUCACUUUUCCUCUUUCCGGGCGUCCUAUGACGCCUCCUCCCAGCGGUUCAAGUCAAGAAGGAGUUAUCAAAACACCGAAGUCCAUGGCUGUUGCUUCACAGCCUCGGGAAGCUAACGGACGCUUUGGCAAGAAAAGCAAUACCAAUGGUCGGUACAUGCGCAAGCAGUAUAUGAUGGGCGGCAGGCUCGCCCGUCCAGGUUGUCGCAGUGUUCGCCUCAUUUUGAACCGACACAAGCCUCCGGGGGAGGGUGCUGAGGCGGAUCGAAUCAGGUCGGAUGACGAAGUCGAUUCUGAUGGACAGUCCACGCUAUCUCAUGAGGAUGUAGAGGAGUCGCUGAUCUUCGGUUCUCAACCUCUGCACAACAUGCUAGGGAAGAGAUCUAGGGAUGAUCAGGAUACGCAUGGGAGGGAUGAGCAUGCAUUUGAACGUCGUCUUUUAGAGGCUGAAGAUGGCAGAAUGGCCUCUGGAAGAUUUCACCGUUUCGACGCCGACUACGAUGACGCAUAUGAUGAGGACGAUGAGGACGAGCCUGAUGAAAAUGAUAUGGAGAAGGUGACGUACUCAUGCGAGCACUCUCCUGUCACAAGUCGGGUCGGCAUGAGUUUACUCUCUCGGCCGAAUCCUAUGAGCUUUGCCCGCCGGAAGUGGGCUCCUGCAGACGAAGAUGCAGCCUCUGACAAUGAUGUUGAUCUGUCCAUCACACGAGAGGAUGACAUUGAGCUUCGUGCGGCUGGCGCACUCUCUGCGGAUGAGGAUUGCGAUGAAGACAUCGAUGACGAUGGACUAUUCAGCUUGUCGUCUCGUCUCAUCCCUCGUGGGCCUUACGUUGGCCAGAUGACUCUGAAACCCUCCCCUCUUAAUUUGGCCAGACGAAGAUGGGCACCUCCGCCACCAAAGUUCAAACAGACGAUUGGUAGCCGCAGCACUUCGAAGUCGUUUGCUACACCAGUCACGCGUUCACCUUCACCAAUCCAGUCGUCUCCAGAUGUACCAAUCGAGACUGCUAUAGAGGUUGAUGUCGAAAGGCUACCUCCGCCUCAGAAACGCGAGGAUUCGCCUGAAGUUGCGUUUGAUCCUGAACACUCUGACGAUAUUCCAUGGUGGCAAAGGGAGGCUUCAGAAGACGAAGACUCUUACGAGAUCGAUCGUGAUCUCAAAUUGGAGUAUCCUGAAUCUGAGUAUUUACUAGAUGCAGGCGCUUCUCCGAACUUUGGUGUUGAUUCUACCGACGACUCCGAGCGAAUCGUAGAGCGACUCGUAGCGAUGUCCGGGUCUCGAACUCCUUCUUCUCUUGGAGACAACCACGAUUCACGUGCACAAUCUCCACACCUUCAAUCUUCUCCUUCUCCUUCUCCCGAUUAUUCACCUGGCUUAGCAUGGAAGCGGACGGUCUUACUCCCCACAGAUGAACCUUGUAGUAUUCCCAAAGUUGUCAAACCUCCUGUUGCGAUACCCCCGUUUCCUCCGGCAUCACCAACCAAACUCAUUUAUGCCGGAUGGGAUACAUCGUCGUCGGACCUUGACCCUUACUAACAGACACUGGUUUCCCAAUACACACCUGUAUUCGAAUUGCUAUCGCUUGCGUAUCAUUAUUGACUUCAUGACUGACUUUUCCUGCUCGCAUCCUCCCCUGUUUGCUGUUUGUUAUUCUCAUCCAAAGUACUUUCUAGCUUAGGUACUUUUGUAAGUGUAUGCAUAUGUAGCUCGUCCAGUAGACGUCUAAUGUUUUGUCUUGACCUUACGACAUCGAUAUCGUUCACUGCGACUCCAUUUAUUCCCCAUUCAAGGUCGUCUGAUAGACUUGCGCAAGUUGUGCCUGUGUGUGCCGUCGGUCUGUAAGGUCUCAUUUCUACGUCCUCGUGAUAGAUCCUGGCUUUUUCCUUUCUUUUUUUUUUGUUUUUGCAAACGUGUCAAUGCCAAUAAAAUGCUGGACCUAGUUAGUGGCAUUUC